GAACCAGGAAAAAUGGAUGUGGUGUUCGACCGGGCCACAUUGUGUAUCAUGGAGUCCCAGGAACAUCGGGUGAGGUACAUGAAUCUGAUGAAGACCGUGCUGGCGCCAGGGUACACCUACCUCCUCACUACCUUCAAGCACGACGAUCAAAGCUACCGAGCUUUCCCGAAGAAUGUCACAGAUAAUAAUGUCAAGGAACUUUUUGGGAACAACACCACGGUGAAGAAGGUUUGCGAAUUGCGGGAAAUCACCGUGCCAGGCGUAAAGAGCCCUCUCAUCGAAGUGACAUGGCGUGUUACUGGCUAGCCUUGUGGGCCGUUUUUUUUGGCCUUCCAG